AUGGUAAAGAACAAUCCAUAUUCUGCAAUGCCUAAUUCCUUACAGAUUGGAGCAAUGAUACAGGCUUAUGCUCCAUGGGUCUAUUUUCAUCCUGAAGGGCAAUACUUUCCAUCAACGGUUUUGUGGUUUUUUCAAAAUGGUGUUGAGCUACACCAACCCGGCCGAAUUCCAAGGCCUGUGAUCAACGAUGGUGAUAACCUUCCAAACAAUGGUGGAGCAGAUGAUGCCUUUCUAGACCUCCCAUCAGAUCAACCUAACAAAGAAAGGGUAAAGAAAGGGUUUUUGUCCAAUGCGGUAGCUUACAUACAUGUGAAAUCAGCACUAGGGGGAACAUGCACUGAUCUAGCCAUAUGGUUGUAUUAUCGUUUCAAUGGGGGAGGGAAGUUCCAAUUGGGACCUUUCACUAUAGACUUAGGAAUGAUAGGGGAGCAUGUUAGCGAUUGGGAACAUAUAACAUUAAGGGUUGAUAACUUUCAUGGGAAUCUAAGGGGGGUCUAUCUAUCUCAACAUGCUAAGGGGCAAUGGUUAACACCUAGAAAAUUUGAACUCAUGGGUGGAACUAGACCAGUGGUGUAUGCAUCAUUGCAUGGUCAUGCCCAUUACUCUACUCCAACUUCUCAUACACAUUUGGCUAGAAACCUUGAUCCAAAGGACAUACAAAUGUUGUAUGAUGAGUUUUACAAGAUGAAUAGUUCGAGAAAAUCACCUAUUGUCAAUGGGGGAAACUUUAUAGGGUUUGGUGUUAGGGAUGAUACUGCCAAAAGCAACAACGUGAUGGAUAUUGCAUCAACCUAUAAUGUUAUCUAUGUUGAUUACAAGCCGUUUGGUAUUGAACCAUGGGUGAGUUAUACAGGGAGAUGGGGUCCUAAGAUUACUUAUGCAUUUACCAACGAGGUAAUGAAGAUAGCAAACAAAUUGCCAGAUAAGGUGAAACAACUUUUUAUUAAAGUUUUGCAAAAGAUCCCUGCUGAGUUACUUGGAGAAGAAGGUCCUCAAGGCCCCAAGAUGAAAGAAAGUUGGUCUGGAGAUGAGCGUGUAAAAUAA